GAUCACUCGGAAAGGUCCUUGGCUAGCGCAUCGACUGAUUCAGUCUACCUCGGAAGCUCGAUGGUUCCCUUGUAUGCUUAUUUUUCGUUUUCACUAAGUCGAGAUCUAAGCACCAAGCUCCAAGUUUCCCCCCAAGUAACAGUACGGAUAUGCGCAGUGCGUGCAGAUACCUACGACCGGGAAGCCCGUCUUUCCAGAGGGAAACGCCGUCACACUCACGACUCAGGACUCGAACUUGUUGUCGCAGCCCAUGUUCAUUUGCUGUCCACGACCCGCCAUCCACGUCAAGAAACUCUCUUCCUUGUCUGCUUUUGACAGGUAUCAUCGACAAUGACGCAAAUGCAAUGUCUGCGGCGCUGGGCCGUCAGCUGCGGAAAGCCCGUUCACCAAGAAGACCGGAAACGGUUGUUCGGGUACCACGGCAUUUCCCUGGGACCGAAGCCUGUUCAGAAGCAAAGAGUAAGACAGCACUUCCAAUGCUUGGGUUUGCCUUUUUUCUGGUCUUUCUCUGGCAAUCCCGAUGGGACGGUUGCUGCCACGAGCCAUUGACCACAUUGUCCGAGUUCUUCUGGGUGGUCACAACUGCUCGAGCCUCGAGAAGAGGCAAAUACAUAUGCCAAGGCUGGAGACCAUCUGAUGUCUACGGACCUCGAGAAGUCGAGAGACAGCACUUUGGCUCCCGUUUCGCUUCUGUGGUUAGUAUAAGCAAGCCAGCUUUGUCACUUGCACCUUUAACGCAGGUGGAUAGAAUGCGACUGUGCCAGCAAGGGUACUUGAGUACCUAUUUGGACAUCCAGCUAGGACAAGACGGCUCAUGUGCGUUAUACGGAUACAUGCGGCUAGGAUUUGCGUUUCGACGGUUACCUGAGCUUCUCGAUAUGCCGGUCGGGCGUGUGACACGGCGGCACGACAUGCCCUCAUGGUGAGAGGUUAACUUGGAGGAUCGCUGGACAAGAUGGCACAGUUGUUGAGGGCCAUGACAAGCAUAGUGUGUUUUGGCAACCGUAGCCCACACUGGAAAUGCAGCAAAACGUCUCGUCUUCUCUUG